AUGGCGGCUGAGGAAGACGAUCGAUCAGACGGAUGCUCCCAGUCGACCAUCGAGGCAGACGCCAAUGUUGAACAGACGUCAACAAUCGCCACUGACUUCGCUUCGGUCGUUUCCACGAUCCCAAACUUCGUUUAUGAAAACGGACGGCGCUAUCAAGGCUACUGUGUAGAUCAAUACUUCCUCCCCAACGAUGAACGGGAACAGGAACGUCUAGAUUUUCUUCACCAAAUCUUCCGGUUGACCCUCGAUGGCGAGCUGUGUUUUACCAAACUCGACAAUCCUGAACGCAUCCUCGACAUUGGCACCGGGACAGGGAUAUGGGCCAUCGAAAGCAAGUCAAGCCCCGUCACCUUUCUCUAUCUACCUGACCGAGUUGAAUAA